CAGUUCGCAGCGAACUUAGAACAGGUAGAGACGCUAACGUUCCGCCUGGAAAACGGGAAAACGUAAUAAACGGCAUAACGGAACAGGCUGAAAAAGGAACACUCCCCCCCACCCCCCAUCCGCCUUAAGACACGAAGCUACCGAUUCGGGAGAAAAGCCGAAGCUUGUAUAUACCGUUAUAAAUGGUGUAUUAGUGUGUGUGUGAUUUUGUUUGUGUGUGUUAGUGUGGCUUUGGAGACCAAGGACUGGGCACCGAUUUGGCCAACGCAGCUGCCGCUGUUGCUGCCGCUGUUGCUGCCACUGCCUCUGCCACUGCCUCUGCCACUGCCUCUGCCUCUGCUUCUGCCUCUGCUUCUGCCUCUGCCACUGCCUCAGCCACUGCCUCUGCCGCCGAUGUAAAAUUUUAUUACCCCAAACGCAUCGAGCAGUCGGGUUUUGGACGUCCGGACUUCACCGCCGCCUCGCUGCGACGCCAGAAAACUUUUCAACCGACUUUUUCAGUAUUUUCUACUGAUUCUUCUCAAUCCCAGAGAAACCCAGCAGAAGACAGCGCCCAAUAACCGAUUCUAUUUUUUUUUUCUUCAAAAACUAAAAAAAAACAAACACAAAAAAAGUGAGACACAAACAAGAAAAGUUUUCGCGCAAAAACAAGAACUAGAAACUAGAAACUUUCUAAGGUCGCGAUUGUUGUGCCGGCUCUAAAUACAAGAGAGUGCAACAUGCAACAUGCUAUGUGCAACAUCAUUAAAAACGACAAAAAACCAACAAUAAUAUUUUAAAAAAACAACAAAGAAAAGUGCGUGCGUUUCAAAAUAUCAAGUAUACGCCACAUAGGCCAACCAAAAAAAUAAAAAAAACUAGAAACUGCAACUAGCUGCGUGCAACCUGCAACUUGCAACACUAUUUUGAAGACAUCGCCGCUGUCGUCGUCGCGUCAUUGAAAUUUGAUCAGAAUACACAAUAAAAAAAAAAACGUGAGUGAUUCAUUUUUUUUUUUUGUUUGGUUUCUGUUUAGAUUGUUAUUGUUUUGUUUUUUUGUCGUGCUGUUUUGUAUUGGUGAUCUCCGCAAAACGGUAAACAUAUAUAUGUACAUGUUUAAGGAGUGUGUUUGUGUGGAGUGUGUGUGUGUGUGUGUCAGCAACCUGCAACCAGCAACUUGCAAUCUGCAACCUGCAACCUGCAACAUCAAAACCUGAAAUCCGAAAAAUAUAUAAAGGCUUCUCUGCCAGAAAAAGUGCCAAGUGUUGAGAGAAAAAUAUAAAAAAUUAAAAAAUAAAAAAUAUUAAAACGCUAAAACCUUAAAAACAAAAUCGAAACUAAAGAAAUACAGAAAACAGAAAUACAGAAAUUCAGCAAAUAGGUAAAGUUCACAUAUAAGUUUUAGACUCUUCUUUAUAAUCUCUACCUAGUUCUCUCUUUUGAUUAAAAAUUAAAUAAAAAAUAGAAAUAAAACAUACAGACCCCUAAAUUUCAGUCUAUAUAGAUAUAUAUAUAUAUAUAUGUUUGUAUAUAUCCACUGCUGAUCCUCCACCCAGACCCGACCCUUGCAAAAACCAAACAAACAAACAAAACAACAAAAAAAAUAAACAACUUGCAACAAGAGCUACUAAAAAAAAAAACCAAAAAAAAAGUAUAUGAAAAAAAAUAAGAAAAAUAUAUAUUUGUUGCGAAGAAAAAAAAAGUAAACAAGUAGAGGAACUAAAAACUAUCAAUGUAUACAAGUAUAAGAAAUUCAAUGCAACAAGAACUAAUCACAUUGAGAAUUUGAUAUGUUUUCGAUAAAAUAUCGAGAGUCGAUAUCCAUUAUAUACAUCAGACAUCAGAGCUAGAUCAGAGGUUGUUAUACUUGAGGAUAGUUGGAGGGAUAUAGUUUAGAAGUCUAUUUCACGCAGAAAAGUAUGCUAAGCAGCCUUUGCAUUUUUCCUUGCCUACUUUUAGGCUUCGUAUUUUGUGAUUUCAAAACUCCCAAUUGUUAGAAUCGUUCUUAGAGUCUCACGCAAACAAAACUCCAUAAAAAAAGUUAUCUUUAUUGAAGUAAUAAACCAUUUUUAUGCCUCUUUGGUGAGAAAAUUGGUAGUUUCUUUUUUUUAUAGACCCACCAUGGUUGUAUAAGUUUCGAUUUUGUUUAGUCUGGCUUGUGGAAGAGUUCCCUGAAAAGAGACCUUUAUAGUUUGGAUUUCGGGAUAUGUAGGCUUUUGUUUUUUUUUUCAGUUUUCAGUUUAGUAGAAUUUGUGUCGUUUAGACGUCUGGAUGAUUUUUUAGUUUCAACAACUUUCUUCAUUGAACAGCACGCUGGCUUAGAAUCGAGGAACUAAGAGUCCAAUUAGAGAGUAAAGCCAUGGCGCUAUCGAAGCGGCCCCUCACCAAGGACACCCCCCUGGUGGAGAGCAAUAUGAAUACCAAUAAUUCCGGUAAUAAUGCCCAUAACGGCGGCAGUACUGCCACCACCGAUCACGAGACAUCCAUCAAGCGACGCAAGCGCCACAGUCGCGACGAAGAAUCAAACAAUAACAAUAAUAAUAAUAAUAAUAAUAUGAAUAAUAAUAAUACAAACAGUAAUAAUAAUAAUCUGCCGCAAAAGAAGAGGAAACAGGGUCAUAUAACCGAUAGUCCUGAUAGCCCCAUGUCGGGGGGUCUGCUGCCGAAUCCCAAUGCCCAGGCGGAUCAGGACGAUGAGACUCUGAUCCGGGAGACACAGGCGGCAUUGAAGAGCCUCUCGGGCAGCUGGCCGGACUCGGGUCGCGGAAAUCUGUACAGAUUGCAGGAACAGGACGAAAACCCGCCACCCUUUCAGAACCUCUUCGAGGAGAAGCAGAAGUACGAGCUCAGCUCGGCCAGCACCAGUCCCAACUUCUCUCAACGUUUCCACCGUCAGAAGGAGAACGAUCAGGCCCGUCUCAACGCCACCGUCAGUCUGGAGCGGAAUCGCAAGACCGGUGGUAUCCUCUCAGCGGGAGUUCCGGCCUCCAGCCUCAGUCUCAGUCCCGUGGAGCAGGACAUCGAAGACUCCUCCAUAUCCAGCGGUGGCUACGCCCAGGCGGCCUCCGCUUUUAAGCCACCCAUUGAUAUUAUCAAGAGGAACUAUUACUACUCGGCUGCGGCGGAAUCUGCCGCCGGAUUGGCUUACUACGGCUAUGCAGCAGCUGCAGCAGCAAGUCAGCAACAACAACAGCAUCAGCAGCAGCAGCAGCAGCAGCAACAUCACCAGCAGCAGCAACAACAAAUGCAACACCAGCUGGCUAGUUUAGAGGCCACGCCCCGCAAUACCGCCUUCGAUAUUGCCAGUCAGCUGGGCGAGAAGCCACGUACACCCGGGAGAGAACCACUCGCCGAUGGGAAACAGUAUACCAUAUUGCAACCGGCAGGUGUGGGCAGUCGGGCGGCAUCCGUUAUGCAGGACAUUGCCUCCAGGGAGGGUGGUGUUGUGGGCGUGCCCCUGGUGGCCACGCCCCCAACAACGGCGGCCAACAGUCCGGCGGCGGGGCCACCCACAACUCCGGUACCGGCACCGGCGCCCAGUUAUUCGCCCGGCAGCCAAAAUCGCGUGCUGGCUCUGCACGAGCAGAUCCUGAAAUGCCCCACGCCGGGCUGCAACGGUCGUGGCCACGUCCAGCCGCACCGCAACGUUCACCGUAGCCUCUCCGGCUGUCCGCGUGCCGUAAGGCGUUCCGCCGGACGACUGCGUAACGCCGUAACCGUUAACCACACAGCCGAUCUGGAGAACAAGCAUGACAAGGACCUCCUCCAUCCUCUGGACAAACUCAAGCUCGCCUCCAGUCACUAUCUCAACAACAACAACAAUAAUUGCAUCAACAACAACAACAACAACAGUAGUACUAGUAAUAGUAGUACCACCAGUGGCGGUAGCCACAAAUUAACCUCCGAAAGGACACCAACAAUGCCGAUUAUCAAGUCGGAGUACAGUCCCGUUGCCAGCAUCAAGUCGGAGUACAACAAAAGUCCCAUGCACUCGUAUCUAUCCAGUGGCGAUACGGCCGCCACCACGCCCACCGCCCCCUCCGCCUCGGUAGCCGGUGGUGGGGGUGGCGCCUCCGGUCGCGGUUCAUCCGGUUCGGCGAAUGGUGCCACCUCAGUGGCAUCUGCCUCCGCCGGUCCCGAGAAUAAUCUUCAUGCCCCACAUCUUAGUCGGUUUGUGGGCCUCCAGAGUCCACCCGAGUCGCAUCUAAAUCCACAUCUUGCCAACCACCAGCAGCAGCAGCAACAGCAGCAGCAACAACAGCAGCAGCAGCAGCAUACGCUGCACCAGCAACGUGGUCCGUUCAUAGAAGGUAACGAUGUGCCCGAUCCGACGGCCAGUUACCACACGGAUCACCAGCAGCAGCAGCAGCAGCAGCAGGCGGAUGAGCGGCAGCAGUACGAACAGAUGCGAUACGCCCAGAGUCACGAGCUGAUGGCGCCCAAUGGGGUGGCCGGCGUGGCCGGAGAACUGUCGCCGGGGACGGCGAGAAGUGCAUAUGAGGCGCAUCCCGGCCAUCCAGGUCAUCCGGGCCAUCCCGGUCAUCCCGGCCACCCGCAUCCCAUACCCAGUUCACCGGCCUUCGCCGUGGAUGCUGUCACCGCUGUGGGCUAUGAUCCUAGUGGCGUCUGCUGUCCCACCAAUGGACAGAGACCGACGGCGGCUAGCGCCGGUGGAGGACCAGGAGCGGGAGCAGGCAGUGGUACCAGUUCGGUGAGUGCCUCGGCAGCGGCGGCGGCCUACCACUACCUGCCACAGAGCACGGCCGAUGCAGAGAUGCAGGUGCAGCAGCAGAAGUAUCUGCAGGAGCAGCAACUGAUGCUGGCCAAGGCCGAGCACGAGGAGCAACUGGCCAACGGGGGACAGCCUCUGUAUCCCCGGCCCAUGUAUCACUAUGAUCCGACCAUGGGUCCCCUGCCGCCGGGCUUCUCGGCCAUUAAUCUUUCCGUGAAAAUGGCCGCCGCCCAGGCAGCCGCUGCUGCAGCAGCCUACCAGAACCAGCAGCAGCAACAGCAGCAGCAGCAGCAGCAACAACAACAGCAGCAGCAGCAACAUCAUCAGCAACAGCAGCAACAUGGAAAGCAGAGCACCUCACCGGCACCGCCGAAUGUCGGUGGUGUGCCGGCGGUGGAUCUGAGUGGGUCCACAUCGGUGACCAGCAGCAGUCCGCAUCACGGUUUCAACUCGCCAGCCUCCCACAACCAGUACACCGCCCAGCGGAUGGGCAAUGGCAGCCCGCAGCCGGGCGCCAGUCCGAACAUCGCCAGUCCCCAGGUGCCCAGUCCCCAGGGACAGACGCUGGAUCUCAGCGUUACCAGACUGCCACACAGUAUUAUUACCAGUCCCCAGUACGGAGCGGAUGGUCUAGUGGUCGGAGUUGGAGUUGGUCACGCCCAGGGAUUCGGAAGUGGAGCGACAGGCCCUCUAGGCCCCAACGGUGGUCCGCCGCGUUCGCCCCAAAUGGAGCCAGUGGACUUCAGUGGACCGCCCCGGCCCCUGGGCUUCGGUCUGGUGGGUCACAUCAGCGGCCCCCGGCCAUAUAGCCGGGAAUCGACGCCGGACAGCGGUGGCUCCCACUACAUUGAGACUUAUAGGGAUCCCAGUGGCUACUCCCCGCAUCCUGGCUAUGGAAUGGUGGUGCAAUCCGACUACCCACCCGCUGGCUACCACGGCUAUGGUCCAGCGGCCUAUCAGUGCAGCAAUCCGUACGCCACUGCCGUCGGUCCUGGCGGCUAUCCCACGCCCGUUUCCGGCGGCUACUCCCCCAGCCCGGCCACCUGCUACUCGAUGCCACCGCCACAGCACAUACCGCAGCACGACAAGACCAAGGACGGAUUGACGGGCUGUUCGCGUUCGGACCGCAACCAUUUGCAGUCGCACUCGCAGGAACUGAAGUGCCCCACGCCCGGAUGCGAUGGCUCCGGCCAUGUGACCGGCAACUACUCCUCACACCGCAGCCUCUCCGGCUGUCCCAGGGCCAACAAGCCAAAGAGCAAGCCCCGCGAUGGCCAGGACUCGGAACCACUACGCUGCCCGAUACCAGGAUGCGAUGGCUCCGGCCACUCCACCGGCAAGUUCCUCUCCCACAGAAGUGCUUCGGGCUGCCCGAUCGCCAAUCGCAACAAGAUGCGAGUCCUGGAAGCCGGCGGCACUGUGGAGCAGCACAAGGCCGCUGUGGCAGCUGCCACGGCCAUGAAAUUCGAUGCCUGCACUACGGUGGGUGGCCAGGGCAUCAAGAAACCGAAGUUUGACGAGGUCACAAUGGUCUAUCCCAAGGGCUAUACAGGCGGCAGCGGACUGGACAUCGUGAUGGGCGGUGGCGUGGGCCUGGGCCUCGGCCUCGGGGUCACCAGCAGUAGCAGCAGCAACAGCAGCUCCACCAACAACACCGCCACCGGCCAGGAAAAGAGUGUGACCGGCGGCGGCGGCGGAAGUGGCGGCGUCACCUCCGCCCCGGGUAGCGGUGCCACUGGCAGCGAUGACCUUAACACCUUAGAGGCGGAGAUCUCCGAACUGCAGCGGGAGAAUGCCCGCGUCGAGUCGCAGAUGAUGCGACUGAAGUCGGACAUCAACGCCAUGGAAUCGCAGCUGAGCACCAGCGAUCGGGAGGCUUCUCCACUGAGUGCUCAUCAGCAACAACAACAACAACAACAGCAGCAGCAGCAACAACAACAACAACAACAGCAGAGAACUAUGACCUCGCCAAGCGGUCAGUCGCCAUUCGCCAGUGUUAGCUCCACUAGUGGUGGUACUGCCACAAAUAACGGUAAUCCCAAUGGCAAUAGCAACGAUCUCGGCCACUCGAUCAGCAAUCUCGCCCCAAGUUCCACCGCCAACAACAACAAUAACAAUCCGGAUCACAAUGGGACUAAUCCUGCUAACAGUAAUCUAAAUAAUUACUAUGAGAGCUUGAGGAACAAUGUGAUCACAUUGCUGGAGCAUGUGCGUCUACCGCCACCACCCCCGCCCACGGCAGGAUCAACCGCUCCCGCCCCGGCACCACCCCCGCCAGCACCCACAUCAGUGUCGGCGGCCAGCAGCUCCACUACCGGAUUGGAGGGAUGUCCCAGUCAGCUGGGUGGCGGUGUGGUCACCGGAGUGGCGGAACAUGCAGCCGCCUACUCCACCUUGCUGCCACCACCCCCACCCCCGACCUCUGUUGGCCAGCAGGGAGGGGGAGGAGGAGCAGGAGGAGGAGGCGGGGGCAAUGGCAACAUGUACGUGGGCAACCAUCAGACUGGACAGCCCGUACCGCCCGUGCCCACCCAUCAUCACCAUCAUCCGUAUACCGUUCAUCAUCCGGUGAGCUACGGUCAUCCGCAUACACAUCCGCACGCCCAUCCGCACGGUCAUCCGCAUCCGCACGAGCACUUCGACUCGUACAUCUCGAAGCUGCAGUCGCUGUGCGUGCCGCCGGAUGUGUAUGCCCUGCCGGGCGAGGAUGCCGAGCGGCCGGUCUACAACUCGGUGAAGCCCAGCAUGCACCAGGACUACGGCAAGCUGAUGCCCACACCCAUCUAGAGGGGAAUGGGGGGGAAGAAGCUCCAUCUCUCCGUAUAAUGAGUCCUCCCGAUGAGGGGCCACCACCACACCCCGUCCCGUCCAUGGGCUCGAAAAAAAAAGGAUUAAGGAUGUAAAUAGUUAAAAAAAAAAAAAAGAAAGAAAUCGGGUGGGAUUAUCCAUAUAUAGUAUAUAUAUAGAAAUAGAUGAUAAAGAAUAGAAGAUAAUAGAUAAAGAGGCAUCUGAAGUUAGUUUCUAGACCUUAGAGCUGUUCCACAUCCUAGAUCCUUAGAUCCUAGACGCUUUCGUCCUGUUGAUAGCCACUGUAUAAAAAAUAAAAAAAAAUACAAAAUAUAAAUGUGUAAUUGGUUUAAAAAAUGCAAUUUUUUUUUUAAUCUGUAUCAAAUACUACAACUAGAAGUUAUGAAAAUAAUACACACAUAUAUAUAUAUAAAUAUAUUUAAAAUGUAGGGCAUUUGUUUGGUGUUAAUGUCUGGUCAAUUUUUUGCAUAAAAUCGGAGAACGAAACUAUCUAAUACAUGUAAUCCCCUACAAUCCCCUACAAAGACUAGUUUAGUGGCAAAGUCAAAAGAACACCAAGAAUGGAAAAUUAAAAACAAAAAAAUUAAUAAAAAUAAAAACUAAUAAUAUAAUAUUUGAAAAUAUAAUCAAUAUUAAAAUUAGUAGAUGUAAUCGUAUUUUUUGUUUUUUUUUUUUUAGAACAGAAAUUUAGUAAUAUCAGAUCGGAGAAUAUCGGAAACUAAAACUGGUAAGGGGUUACGACACAUACAUAUAUUGUAGAGUACUCGAUGGAGUAGAUGACACACACCCCUAUAUACCCUACGCGUAUAUAUCUCGGUAUAUCAGUUUGUGUGUUUAGGAUCGUAAGUUUUAAUGUUAACCACUAAUGAGAGAUCGGGCAAAGAGGCAUUAACCCAUAAUACCAGAUACAAAUUGGAACAUAGAUUAGAAUUCAGUGCAAUAUAAAUUCAAAAAUAAAAAAUUAAAACUAAUUGUGUAAGAAUAAGUAAACAAAAAAAAAAAGAAAGAAAUGUAGUUGAACAUAAUGUCACGGUUUUUUUUUGUAUCAUCAUACGUCUAAUCUUAAUCUUAAUUAUAAUUCAAUAAAGGAUAAUGUAUGGGAGGGUGAGAAAUCCCUCUAUGAAGGGGCAUCCAAAAAAAUAUAAUAAUUAAAAAAAAACACACACACACACAACCGCAAGGUAAUUUAGACGAAUUUUAAAAAAAUAAAAUCGAAAAAAGUUUAAAACAAAACGAAAAAAGCGAAAAAGAUAUAAAAAUUAAUAGCAGGCUUAAAAAAAAUCAUUGUAUUUAACAAAUAAUAAAUGGAAUGAACGAAGUAAUUAAUUACUAUGAUUAAUAUAAUUACAUUAAACAUAAAUCUAAAAUAAUAAAUAUAUAUAUAUAUAUAAUAUAAUAUUGUAUUGUAUGACAAGAAAAAAAUUCUGUAAUUUACAAGCGAAAAAUAUUUUAUGUGAUCAUUGUCUUUUUUUUUAAUAUUACAAGAAAUAAAUAAUUCGAAUACCAAAUAAAGGAUAUACACAAUAAA